GCCGGGGCGGGCGGGCGGAGCGGGGCGCUAUGCCGCAGCUGGCGCCCGCGGGCGGCGGCGGCGACGACCUGGGCGCCCCGGACGAGCUGAUCCCGUUCCAGGACGAGGGCGAGGAGCAGGACAAGGGCGCGGGGCGCGGCUCGGCGCACGGGGACCUGGACGAGCUCAAGUCGUCGCUGGUGCACGAGUCCGAGGCGCGCGGCGCCAGCUCCGGCUCCGACUCGGAGGCGGAGCGCGCGGCGCAGCAGCCCCGGGAAAGUUUCCAGAAGCCGCGGGACUACGUGGCCGAAGUGGUGAGGAGGCAGCACGAUGCCGGGUUCUUCAAGAGCAGCCCCUACCCCGCCUACCCCUUCCUGAUGCUGCCCGAGCUGGGCAGCCCCUACCUGCCCAACGGAGCGCUGUCGCCCGGCGGGGCCCGCACGUACCUGCAGAUGAAGUGGCCGCUGCUCGAUGUCCCGGCUGGCGCGACGCUGAAGGAUAGCCGGUCACCAUCGCCUGCACACUUGUCGAACAAGGUGCCCGUUGUCCAGCACCCACACCACGUCCACCCAUUGACGCCGCUUCUCACUUACAGCAAUGACCGCUUCUCCCCAGGCUCGCCACCUGCCCACCUCUCACCAGAGAUUGAUCCAAAGACAGGAAUCCCACGCCCACCUCACCCUUCAGAGCUGUCUCCUUACUAUCCGCUGUCACCAGGGGCCGUGGGACAGAUCCCUCACCCGUUGGGCUGGCUUGUGCCGCAGCAAGGACAGCCGGUGUACUCCAUCCCUGCUGGGGGGUUCCGGCAUCCCUACCCUGCCCUGGCAAUGAAUGCCUCCAUGUCCAGCCUGAUGUCCAGCAGGUUUUCCCCACACAUGGUGCCACCUCCCGCACAUGGGCUCCACCCUUCGGGAAUCCCGCACCCCACCAUUGUCUCACCCAUCGUGAAGCAGGAACCUGCACAGCCCAGCGUGAGCCCAGGGGGGAAUGUGAAAUCCCCAGUCACUGUGAAGAAGGAAGAGGAGAAGAAGCCCCACAUCAAGAAACCGCUCAACGCAUUCAUGCUGUACAUGAAGGAGAUGCGGGCCAAGGUGGUGGCCGAGUGCACGCUGAAGGAGAGCGCAGCCAUCAACCAGAUCCUGGGCAGACGGUGGCACUCGUUGUCCCGGGAAGAACAAGCCAAGUACUACGAGCUGGCGCGGAAGGAGCGACAGCUGCAUUCUCAGCUCUACCCAACCUGGUCUGCGCGGGAUAACUACGGGAAAAAGAAGAAGAGGAAGCGAGAGAAACUUGCCCAGCAGCAGACCCAGGACACAGAGAGCUCCCUGGUCUCCAAGAGCAAGAAGCCCUGCGUGCAGUACCUGCCUGUGGAGAAGCCCUGCGACAGCCCUGCCUCCUCCCACGGCAGCAUGCUGGAUUCGCCCGCCACGCCCUCGGCAGCCCUGGCCUCUCCCGCUGCCCCAGCAGCCACCCACUCUGAGCAGGCCCAGCCCCUCUCGCUCACCACCAAGCCGGAAGCCCGAGCCCAGCUUGCCCUGCACUCGGCUGCUUUCCUUUCCAGCAAGGCCUCCUCUUCCUCCUCCUCCGGCCUCAGCAGCCCUUCACCUCUCCUCUCCAGACCCAUCCCCUUUCCCUCGGUGCCCCCCACAGCCCUUCUCACCUCCCCUCCCUCCUUCCCCGCUGCCCUCCCCUCCCCACAGGCCGCCUUAGCAGUGCUGCAAGCCCAGCCUCUUUCCCUGGUCACCAAACCAGCUGACUAAAGGAGGCCUCCAGUCCCGUCCCGCCCCACUGUACAUUGCCGAAGCCACAAUCGAGAUGCAAACGCCGCCCAAACCAUUAUUGGUCAAUAUUUGACCCUUUUGCGAACUCUUUUAUAAGCAGACUCUGGAGGACGGGGCUUUCUGCUUGGAGCUGUUCCCAGUAGUCUAUGUAAAGACCGUUUUUAAUAAAAGAAAAGAUAAAAAAAAAAAAUUAAAAAGAAAACCCACGCACCAGCCAGCCACAAGAUGCUCACAUGAGCCCAAAGCAAGUGGAGACAGCCGUGUUUCUGUGACCCCCUUCCUGGGAACCCUGGGCUUGGACAGAUGGAGCCUCUCUGGUGUUCUGCUGAAGGUCAUUUUGGACACCUGGCAGCCCACAGUUGUCCUGAUAACAGCUCUUCUCAACAUGCCUCGGGCUUGGAGAGAGGGCCGGGGCUCCUGCCCCAGCCUGAGCGGAGCAUGCCAUGCCAGGAUGAUGCCAGCACAACCUGCCCCUGGUUCCUCCUGUGACUGUUUCAAGGUUGGGGAGGGAGGGGGGCUGACCUUUGGGGGAACCUCUCUCCCUCCCAUCAUCUGUUAUUUUCACAAAAGGAAAUAAAACUCCAGCUGCAAA